UCAUAACACUUGGAAAAUUAAUUACAGCGGACCUGACUGACUUUUCAUGACAAAUCCGCAAUGUACUACUCUCUGAGGAGCUCGUGCGUAAUGGAACUCUUCUUUCGAAAGAAAAAGAAUUUAAGAACUGCGGUCAGCCUGACUUUGGUUUUUGCCACUAUCCUGAUGCUUCAGAGGUUAAUUACAGUGGACACGAAUUUUAAAGAUACCAAAGUCGACGUGAAACGCAAAUGGUGUGGACCCACAUGUAAAAGCAUAAAGGCCGUUGAAAAUUCAUCCCAAUCAAACGGGAAUGGCUUGGCGCCGGUGGGAAGAAAGCCCAUGCCAACAAAAUGGGACGUGAAUAGUAUUAAAUGUCAGGAAAAUUCCACGAUGAAGACUCAAGCCUGGUUUCGUCGCUUGAACCCAAGGUUCCACGAAUUUGUCCUGCACAGACAUUGCAGAUACUUCCCAAUGUUGCUGAAUCACCCGGAGAAGUGUAGCGGUGACGUGGAUGUUCUGGUCGUGGUCAAGUCGGUUAUUGAAGAACAUGACCGGCGAGAAGCCGUGAGGCAGACCUGGGGAAAGGAGCAAGAAAUCCAGGGCUUGACAAUCAAAACACUCUUUCUAUUAGGCACUCCAGCCACUGGCAAAGACACACGAAAUUUACAAGCCCUGGUCCAAUAUGAAGACCGAACCUACGGGGACAUCUUACAGUGGGACUUUAUUGACACUUUCUUCAACCUCACUUUGAAGGAGGUGAACUUUCUGAGAUGGUUCAGCAUCUACUGCAGUGGAGUUCCCUUCGUCUUCAAAGGGGACGAUGACGUUUUUGUUCACACCAAGAACUUAGUGGAACUAAUUGGCUUUCGGGUGGAGGAGAACAGAGUGGAAAACCUCAUUGUAGGAGACACCAUUUUCGAAGCCAAACCGAUCAGAAACCGCCAGAGUAAAUAUUUCAUUCCCAAAGAGUUGUAUGAUAAACGCUAUCCACCUUAUUUGGGUGGGGGAGGAUUUCUCAUGUCCUCUCAGGUGGCCCACAGGCUCUUUGCGGUUUCUGAGAGCGUGGAGCUUUACCCCAUUGAUGAUGUGUUUUUGGGCAUGUGUCUUCAGAAGCUGAAGAUCGUCCCCGAACUGCACCUGGCCUUCAGGACAUUUGGGAUCAUUAAGCGUAAAGUGACUCGUCUGAACCGGGAGCCGUGCUUCUUCCGCAACCUCAUCGUGGUGCACAAACUCGGUCCGCAGGAGCUGCUGCAAAUGUGGACGCUUGUUCAAAACGAGGACUUGAACUGUGCCAGACACGUCGUAAUAUGAAAAGAUGCGUAUUUAUAAAGACACUGUGAAGAUACUUUUUCCAAAUGAAGCGUUUUUGUUAUUUUCAUUCAAUGUUCUUUUUUUUGUUUUUGUAAUUUUGUAAGGAAGGAUGAAGAUGAUGAAUAUUUGUGUUAUCAUCUGUCAGAUGUAGGCUAAUACAUUACAAGUCUUUCAGUUAUGGUCUAAUAAUACAGGGAACAAAUACAACCCAAAUCGAUCCAUUUUUGUUUAGAUAAGCAUACCGGGGCUAGCUGACGCAAUGUUUCCUCCAUUGAGCAAGUAGGCCUAUAUUCUAAACACAUACCUUAAAAGACUUGGCUAAAAAGGUGAAACCCACUGAAAAAAAGAAUAAAUAAAUGGGAAAAGAUGCAUAUUGUAUAAUAAGCUGGACCUUUGUGACAACAUGCCCCAAUAGCGGAAUAUUUUAUGA